AUGUCGAAGCAACAGCUCUUCCAAAUCCUCCCGUUGCCCGACGAGGACUUGCAACAGGUGCUUGACUAUGCCUCGACGCUGUCCAAGGCCGAAGCAGCCGCCCAUUUCAGCAACCUGCUAGGGGACUCGCCCCAAGUCAUCGACUUCAUCUCCACCUUCAACUCGCGCCGCGCCGACCCAAAACACCCGCCCACCACCGCGCCGAGCUCAGGCCAGAGUUCCGAGAUUGAAGGCGUCACGAAGCACCGCCGCGCCGCGAAAAAGAACAAGGCGUCGCUGCACACCCCGCCGCCGCGACAAGUCGCCUCGUUUGCGCUCGCCCCGGGGACCGUCUACAACAAGAAAGACCAGCAGGAAGACUACGUGUCGGGAAGAGCAGGGUCAUCGACACACUCGAACGGCACCGGCAGCCAGAACAAACCGCCUCCAACAGUUACAAAAUCUGCUACGCCCCCUCCACCCUCCUCCAAACCCCCGCCCUCCGCCGCGGGGACGCUGGUCUCUGACCUCGGCCUGCCCAAGGCCAAACCCAAAUCCACCCCGGUCUCCCGCACCUCCACACCCGGCCCAUCGUUCUCCGCACGGAACAAUGCCCCCCACAACACCGCCGCGGCGAAAGUCUCCAUCACGGGCGGCACACCGAUGCACGGCUCCUCCACCGCGCUCGCCGACCUAGACCAAGCGAUCCGUGCCCUCGAGAUCAGCACCAACCCGUCGCUCGCAGCCAACAACAACCCCGCCGCGCGCCGCUGCAACUGUGUCGCAACCCGACACCCUUUGCUCGCGGCCGCACCGAACUGCCUGCAAUGCGGCAAAGUGAUUUGCGUCAAGGAAGGCCUCGGCCCCUGCACCUUCUGCGGCACCCCGUUGUUGACCCCCGCGGAAGUGCAGGGUAUGAUCCGCGAGUUGAAGGCGGAGAGGGGAAGAGAGAAGAUGGCGGCUGAUCGGGAGGCGCAUAAAAGAGUAGAUGGAAGUGGGGGUGGGGGAGGGAGAAAUUAUGCGGCGAAGCCCGAUCCUAGUCUUGCUGAGGCUAUGGCCAUGCAGCAUCGUGACAGGCUGCUUGCGUUUCAGGCGCAGAAUGCUAAGCGGACGGUGGUCAGGGAUGAGGCGGCUGAUUUUGAUGUUUCGUUGACCGGUGGGAGUAUGUGGGCUACACCGGAGCAGAGGGCGCUUGCGCUGAAGAAGCAGCAGAGGUUAUUGAGGGAGAUGGAGUGGAAUGCUAAGCCGGAGUAUGAGAAGCGGCAGCAGGUGGUUAGUAUUGAUCUGAGUGGGAGGAAGGUCCUGAAGAAGACGGUCAAGGUGGAGCGGCCGUCGACGCCGGAUGAUGACUCUGAUGAUGCUGGAGGUGGGGAGGGAUCUGCCUUGGCGGAGACGGAUGGGAAUAGGAGGCCUGGUCAGGGCGCGUUUAGCAGGAAUCCACUGCUGGGGAAUCUGGUCAGGCCGGUGUAUGAUCCAGAAGGGAAAGGGGUUGAACUGCAGGGUCGAAAGGACAGGGGUCCAACUUGGCGAAAGGUGCAGGACGACUUGGACGAUAACCAGGAUGUGAUCCUCGACGGCGGCAUCUACGGGGGGAAGGCGACGACAGGUGACGAGCCUGGGUGUGGAUGA